AUGGCCCAACUUGCAGCUCGAGCGGUUUUGUCUUCUCUUUCGAAACGGACGUUCAUUCACCCAACCGUCGUCUCGCAUCGUGGCUUAGCCACGGAGGCAUCUCCCGAAGACUAUGGCUACUAUCCAGAUCCCCUUGAGCACGCCACCGGUCGUGAGAAGAAGAUGCUUUUGGCUCGCCUCGCUGGAGAUGACCGUUACGAACCAAAAGUGUACUAUCGUGCAGAAUUGUCUACUAAGGACAGACCAAACUUGGUGCCAUCACACUUCCCCGACAGAAUCAUCGGAUGCUUGUGUGAGCCCGAUUCGGGUCACGUCAACUUCAUGAUGAUUCGUAAAGGAACUCCGAAGAGAUGCGAAUGUGGACACUGGUUCAAGGCUAUCGAUGCAGACCCAGAAUCCGUUUAA